UCGAGGAGGAGGAGGUUCCAAAGAGACGACAGAGAGCUCUGUCCUCCCUGUCCAUCCUAAUUGGGCUCCCAGCCACAAAUAAUGAAGGUUUGCCCUGGCCCACCUUCUAGCAGCGGAUUCAUGUGCUCUGGAAAGAGUCCGUGGGUCUGGGCAGGCAAAUCCAAGCCACCUUAUCCUUCCAGGAACUGCUUCCAGGAACUGCUGCUAGUGGUGAUGUGGAAGGUCUUAGUUCUCAAACAGAAGAUGUUGACAUAAAGAAAGGAGUAGACAUUUCCUACACACUGAUAAUCUCUUCAUAUCAGUCUUUGUAUUUGUCACAACAUGUGAAUUGCAAGACAAAUUCGUUUUGGACUUCAAAUCCACAAAAUGGUCAACUGUCCAAACGGUUUAAUCAAGGUACUUGAUGUUACCAUUUUAGCAAAUAUCUAGCUACUUCCAUGAAAAAAGAAUAACAUUAUCAGAAGCACGUCUACGUAUGGACCCUCCAAGAUGGCAGCUUACAUAAGAAUGCUAAGACGAUUCUUAAUGAAACAGUUGUCCCAGGGAAAACUUUGGAAGUUUACCUUCGUUGUUUUUAUCUUCUUAAUAUUUUUGGUUUUGUUGCAACGAGAAGUAGGUGUUCAGGAUUUUAAUGAAGAGCCAGGGUUACCAUCAAAAGAUGGAAAGAUAACUAAUGUAUUAGGCCUAGUGUUAAAAGCUGUGAACAAUAUUAAAGCUGCAAAGCCAAAAAUGCAGAUUAAAGCACCUAUUAGACAAACUCAAAAUGCUGGAACAAAACGUUGCUUGCCAGGAUCUUAUACAGCAGCAGAACUGAAGCCUCACCUGGACCGACCCCCUCAGGACCCUAAAGCUCCAGGGGCUUCUGGUAAAGCAUUCAACACUAUCAAUUUAAGUCCAGACGAGCAGAAGGAGAAAAAACGUGGGGAUGAAAAACAUUGUUUUAAUGCUUUUGCAAGUGACAGGAUUUCUUUACAUCGGGAUCUAGGACCAGACACACGGCCUCCUGAAUGUAUUGAGCAAAAGUUUAAACGGUGUCCUCCACUUCCUACCACAAGCGUUAUAAUAGUUUUUCACAAUGAAGCAUGGUCUACUUUGCUGAGAACAGUUCACAGUGUGAUGUAUACUUCCCCUGCAAUAUUAUUGAAGGAAAUAAUUUUGGUGGAUGAUGCAAGUAUAGAUGAAUACUUGCAGGACAAACUGGAUGAUUAUGUGAAACAGUUCCAUAUAGUUAAGGUAGUCCGACAAAAGGAAAGAAAAGGGCUUAUUACUGCUCGAUUAUUAGGUGCUUCAAUAGCAACUGGAGAAACACUCACUUUUUUGGAUGCACACUGUGAAUGCUUUUAUGGCUGGUUAGAGCCUUUGUUGGUUAGAAUAGCUGAAAACAGUACUCGUGUUGUAAGCCCUGAUAUUUCGUCUAUAGAUCUCAAUACAUUUGAAUUUAUUAAACCUUCUCCUUAUGGUCAACAUCAUAACAGAGGAAAUUUUGACUGGAGUUUGUCCUUUGGAUGGGAAUCUCUUCCUGAGCAUGAAAGCAAAAAAAGAAAAGACGAAACCUAUCCUAUUAAAACACCUACAUUUGCAGGAGGGCUUUUUUCAAUAUCAAAGGACUACUUUUAUAAUAUUGGAAGCUACGAUGAAGAAAUGGAAAUAUGGGGAGGAGAAAAUAUAGAAAUGUCUUUCCGGGUAUGGCAGUGUGGGGGUCAGUUGGAAAUCAUACCUUGCUCUGUUGUUGGUCACGUGUUUCGCAGUAAGAGCCCCCAUACCUUUCCAAAAGGGACUCAGGUGAUUACACGUAAUCAGGUUCGCCUUGCAGAAGUCUGGAUGGAUGAAUAUAAAAAUAUAUUUUACCGGAGAAACACAGAAGCAACAAAAAUUGUUAAACAAGUAGGUGGCGAUGGUGGUGGUAGUAGAAAUCAGUUGCUGCAUUGAAGUUCUUG